CCUAAAGUAUUGAUCAUCUUCAUGAAGCCGACAAGUGUCGGAUCUUAGCAUCAAUCAUGUCAGCUCAACCCAGCCGGAGGCGACUUGGGUCACCUAAGCACUUGACCUUCCAGACCUUCCAGAGCCAGGACGAGUCAAGGCCAGCUCUCAUUCGACCAUCAAUCGAAUCGACCACCCUCAUUCGCUCGGCUGUUCUGACAACUUGUGAAGCUGACUAGAGAGGCAGUAUUUAUCGUCCAUCUCACAAGCCAAAUCAAGAGGUGAUUUGACCUCGAAAGCGAAGCUAAUAGCUAUCCUUUAUUUUCAUCAUGAAUGCCACUCAGUCCUUGGUUUUAAUAAAAAGAAAUGGACAAAGAGAAAUGGACCUGGUUGGCUCUAACAAAAAGAAACGGACCUGGCAUCACAUCCUUGGUUUAACUUUAUCAUUGGAAGAAAAAGAACGAUGCAUGGUCUUAAUAAAAAAAACAAUUGACGCUUGACUUUGAUAAAAGAAGUGGAUGCUUGGCUGUAACCCUUUAUCUUGGUCUCAACAAGUCGAUAAUCACCAUCUCAACAGAACCUGCAAGAAAGAAAAACGAAGAGGGAGUGGAAAAAAAAAAUCAAAUCAAAUAUGGUGGUUGUCGGAGAUGUGAUUGCAAGCAAAAUCAUUGAGAAGCUGGUGGAGGUUGGGUUUGACUACGCAGCAGACCAGUUUUUUGCUCGGCGAAGACGAAUGAACGACGAGCUUCAAAGGCUCAAGGAUGCUCUUCCUCGUAUCCGAGCUGUCGUAAACGCAGCGGAGAGCGGGCAAGGAGAAAUAACCGGAGAUGACCUCGACGAAUGGCUAUGGCAACUUAAGGAUGCUGUCUACAUGGCCAGUGACGUACUCGACGAUCUCGAUUAUACUGAGAUACAGAAGCGAGUGGAGACGGAUGCUGCAGGAAGCGGACCUCGUGGCAGCAAGGUGAGCGGUUUUAUUUCCGAUUCUAAACGAAGAGUUUCCAAGUUUAGUAAAAGAGCCUUUAAAUCCGACCCCACCCUCGAGAAGCUAAGGGGGGCUGUCAAGAGGCUAAGUGAAGUGGCGGCAGGCGUUGAAGUUUUUAACCGUUUAGUAACAGAGCGUAACCAACAACAGCAGCAGCAACAACAGCAGCAAGAACAACUUCGUGAAACUGGACCUAUUGUAAGGGAGAGAGAUGUGCUGGGAAGGGAUGGGGAGAGGAAGGAAGUGUUACAGUGGUUGACGAGGGCGCCCAUCGCUAAUGAGGAUCACGAGGGCAUCUCUCUUUUCUCCAUUGUGGGCCUCGGAGGAGUCGGAAAGACAACCCUUGCACAAGUCGUCUACGGGGAUGACACCUUACAGAGUUCCUUUAGCAUCAAAAUUUGGGUGUGUGUCUCCACUCGCUUUGAUGUUAAAAAGAUUAAGGGAGACAUCCUAGAAUACGCUGCACAAAGGAGACCGGACGUCGGAGGACUUGGCCCACUACAGGUAGCUCUUGAGGCCUUGGUGUCAUCUAAGAAAUUUCUCCUCUUCUUGGAUGACGUUUGGAAUGACGACGAUCUCUCUAGUUGGCAGACGUUGUUUGCUCCGAUGAGGUGUGGACUUAAAGGAAGUAAAAUCAUUUUAACUACCAGAUCGGAGAAGGUCGCCGAAAUGGCUACACUAGCUUUGGGAGGGACGACAAACCAGCCAAAGAAAUUAAUUCCCUUGGAUAAAAGUAACUUCUUAUCACUUUUCAACCGAUACGCAUUUGUUGGAACAAAUCCCCAUAAUCAUGGGAGGCUGCAAUCAAUUGGAGAGCAAAUAGCCGGAAGGCUUGGAGGCUUGCCGCUGGCUGCCAAGACGAUUGGAGCGUUAUUGCGUUCUAACUUGGAUGACAGUCACUGGAUGAAUAUUCUGCAAUCUCGUCAUAUAUCAGAUCACGGACCACAGAGAGAUGGUGUGAUGCCGGCUCUGAUGUUGAGCUACUAUUAUUUACCGAAGCACCUAAGACCUUGUUUUGCUUUUCUCAGCACCUUUCCUCAAGAUCACCGGUUUCUCAAAGAUGAUCUAGUUUUAAUGUGGAUGGCGCUCGGCUUCAUCCAACAAUCUCCUCAGAAUCCAGCACAGGCACCAGAGGAUAUUGGAAGCCGCUACGUUGAUGAGUUAGCCAAACUGUCAUUCCUUGAACAAUAUGAUAGUUGGAUAAAUGCCUCAACUCAAAGAUUGGAAGAAGUUUACAUCAUGCAUGAUCUUUUGCAUGAUCUGUCAAGCAAAGUAUCUCAUGGUGAAUGCUUUACGUUUGUUGGAGAUAUGUCAAUCAACCAGAUCCCAAACACAGUACGUCAUUUGUACUUUGAAACCGGUGAUCUUGGUCUUCUCAAAGAUAUGGACAAAUGGAAGAACUUGCACACCCUGAUUUUAAAAUUCAAUGGAUACAAUGAUGAGCAUGCCGUGGCUUUCCGACAAGUGUUUGAAUCACUAGAAAGCAUUCGAGUGUUGCGCAUCACUAUUAAAGAAAUGGAAGUGUUGCCGUGUGCAAUAGAUAAAUUGAGGCAUCUCAGAUAUUUGUCAGUUGAUCAUCGUUUUACUCGGUUGCCUAGUUCAAUCUGCAAACUUUACCACCUGCAGGUACUUGCUUGUAGGAAUAUUGCAACUUCUUCAGUUUUGGUCUUGAAUAACCUUAUUAACUUGAGACACCUGCUGCCAUGUUAUCUUCCCUAUGAAAACGACAAAAUGUAUAGAGGAAUGAGGAAGAUGAAUAAAAUGAGAAUCACUUUUCUCCUUAUCUCUUCUCUUGUCCCUCAAUUGUCUAAACUAGUCCCCUCAAUCAUUGACAUUGAUGCCUUCAGGCAAGAGAAGAAGUAA